CAGCAUCUUUUUAUUUGUUAUCAUCGUUGAUACCAGCGGGUACAUAUACCAGAAUUACAGUAAGGCCAGAAGCCAUAAGGGCAUGCGGGCAGCUGUUCGCAAAUUAUUAACCAGAACAUUAUUACGGACGAGAUUAUUCAUAAUGUCGAGCCACACAACCCCAAUUUACCAAUGCCAAGAUUGGCCUUCAAUUGUUAUUAAACCUUCUUCCUCAUCCGGCCAUCCCCUUGACUCUCCUCACUUCUCUAUACCACCUUCCAUUCUCCCUCAUCUGGAAGAGGCUUCAAAGCACCUUCAUUCGCAUAAGACAGUCGCUGUUCCGACUGAGACGGUAUAUGGUCUUGCAGCUUCAUCCCUUGAUCCCGAAGCUUGUAAGAUGAUUUACAAAAUCAAAAAUCGGCCAUCAGACAAUCCCCUCAUUAUCCACGUCUCAUCAUUAGAUAUGUUGCGUCGCCUCCUACCACCUGACUAUAGUUUCUCGUCUCUUUAUCUUGCCCUUAUCAACGCCUUUUGGCCCGGGCCUUUAUCUUUACUGUUCCCAUCACCGUCUCCCCCUCCAUCACCUGCUCCUCAGACAAAUGCUAUCCGCAUGCCUUCCCAUCCCCUUGCUCUUGCUCUCAUAGCCCACUCCAACCUUCCGCUAUCCGCCCCGUCAGCCAAUUCUUCGGGUAGACCAAGCCCCACCAAGGCACAACAUGUGUGGAAUGACCUCAAUGGAUCAGAUGGUCUUGGAUGCAUAAUAGACGGAGGCGACUGUGGAGUGGGUGUAGAAUCUACCGUCGUAAACGGGCUUGAGUGGAAGGAGGGGGGAGGAGGAAAAGUGGACAUUCUUCGCCCUGGCGGGCUAGGUGUAGAGCAAAUCAAAAAGAUUGUAGAUGAGGUUGAUGGUGGAGAAGGCAAGACAGAAAUCCUUUUGCUCGGGAAACCUUGGAAGGGGGCAUCAUUUAAGCAUUCAUCUUCUACAGAUCCCGUCCAGCAAAACGACGUUAACCUUUUAACAACUCCGAAGGUCAAUUUUGCACCUUCAACGCCCGGUAUGAAAUACCGACAUUAUUCCCCCCGGGUACCUGUAUUCCUUCUUAAACCUAGCAAUAUAUUCCCUCGUCCACCAGCCCUCAUGUCACCAUCUUCAUCAUCUGCAUCUGCUGUACUUCGGCAAAUAUUGUCAAACAUAUCAUCGGACUCAAAGUUCAAGAGGAGGAUAGGCGUUCUCCAUUUUGAAGGCUCCCCAUUGAGCAAGCAGUUGCUCAUAGAUACGGAUGAAGCAGAAUUAAUUCCUGUGUCUUUAGGUGAUUCUGUGGCUUCGGCAGCUCAACGCUUGUUCGCCGGAAUGCUCACCCUGGAGAGUGUACCCUCGACAGAUGGCCAGCCGUCUGGAGUUGAUGCUAUCGUCAUUGAGGGCUGCUCAGAUGACGGAUUGGGGUUGGCGGUGAUGGAAAGAGUAGGCAAGGCAGUAGGUGGCGGCGGGGUUUUAGGAGAUGUAGCCACCGACGACGGAAAGGUUGUCGGUAGCGGAAACAAGUUCUGGGUGGACGUUAGUUCUACUUGAUCUAAUUCGGCGUUCAAACUGUAUAAUCCGUUGAAACAGAUGUAGA